AUGAAUACAACAAAAGAUUUAGUAUUAACACUUUAUCAAAAUCUUGAAAAUAUUUUAAUAAAUAGUAGUGAAGCACAUGUAGAGUUACAAUCAAAAAUAUUUUCUAAUAAACUUCAUGAUUUCGUUGAAAAUGAUAAUGUUUCAAUUAGUACAUCACCUGCUGUUCUUGCUGCAGAUUUUCUUCAAGUAGCAGGAAAAUCAACACUUCUUCAUCAAAUGAUGAAUGAUUUAUGUCAUGCAGUUGUUUAUAUUCGUAAUCAUAUUAAUGAACACUGUCCAGAUGCUGAUUCAAAUCAAAUAUUUCUUUCUGGUCAUUCAGGUGGUGCACUUUUAAUUAGUUUACUUGUUCUUGAUAAAUCUCAUCUUAUUCGUCAUGAAUUUCCUUUAUCAUCAAUACGUUGUGUUAUAUCAAUAAGUGGAAUAUAUAAUUUAGCAAAUCCAGCACAUGAUUCACAAAAUAAUAUUCGUAACUGGUUAUUUCGUAUACUUUAUUCAAGUAAUUUACUUUAUUCUGAAGGAAAAAGCUUGUUAGCGCAGUCUCAUGGAACUGAAAUAUGGAACUCACAUAUGACCUCUACCUCAUUAUACUAA